AUGUCAGGCACUCCAAUCUCAGAGCCUGCCGAUCUGGCAGGAAAAGUCGUGAAACAGACUCCAAACUACAGCCAGGCGGAAACAGAUGCGCACAGACAGCUACAGCCGAAUUCAAUUAUAGUCGCGGGUGAUCAGGUUUCGCCAACCCGCAAGCGUGCCAAGCCCCUUCCGCCGGUCCCCCCUGUUGGUGUCCCCAUGGGUCACGCAAUAGUGCCGCGCAAAACUCCGAGAGCUCCAAAAAACACGUUGCCGGCUAAUGAUAUUCUGGAAGUCACAGGCCAGGCCGUCAGACACACAGCAUUAGAAGAUCCGUUGCCACCGCCCCCAGCUCCCAAGCCGCCUGAGCCUGUGGAGCAGUAUCCCCCUAACCCUGUCAAAGUUGACACGGAAGACAUGACAAAAUAUUUAGGGGUCUCUGACAUAAUCCUGACAAAGUCCACUGGAAGUGACAUCGCAGUCCCCGCACCUGACAAGGUGGACACUCACGUGCCGCCAUCUGCGAUCGACGCAUGGACCAUCCCCAACCCCAAAAGAAACCGUCCCGUGUCACCUCCCCCAGCCUUCAAUUUUCCUAAGACGCCUCCUGUCCGUGACGUCAAAAUUCCGAGCAUCGAAAUAUCACCAGACUCACGUAUUAUGACGGAGUCAAUGCUUGAUGUCAUGGGUUCUCCCACCACUGCUACUAACACAGCCCAUCCCUUGCCACCGCUCUCAGCCUUGAACCUGCCCUGGCAGCGUGAUGACACUGUUAGUAAAUUGCCUCUCGCAGUAACGCUUAAGGACCAUGAUAUUGCAGACUUGACACACGUCGCUAGCGAAGUAAUAAAAAUUCCAAUAGCUCAACUUACUGGAGAUAGUAAUUUGGCGGUAUCUGUUAAACAGGAACUCACAGGGCAGCCUGUUGCGGACACUAUGUUAUUAAAUCCCGCUCACCCUCCAAUCGAUUUAGAAAUCGAACGGCGGCAUGAAACUGAAACGGCGCCUAACGCACAAAUUCAGUCGCCGCCCACAGCAACACAAGGUUUCACGAAACAACUGUCUCGGACUACCGUACCACCUACAGAGUGGAUCGAGCCUGCCGUUCCCAUUAUGCCUAUACCUGUGGUACACCCGGACGCGUUCGGUGCCAGCGUGGGUACGGAUGACAAUGUAAAACAUUCGAGCGCUGCGGAAUUUCUUACGCAAAUUGAUCUCAAUACAUCGCCUGACGCCGACAUGUGCCGAAACCCCUGGUACGUCCCCGAUGCCUCCUCCACUACCGUCACCCCAACCCCCUCCCCUCCCCAUCCUCCGACCAUCUGCCCCGCCUAA